AUGCGCAAGGGUUACUUUGAAUUAUUUUGUAUCUGUGAGCUCGAGGGUUCCACGAUGGUCUGCCCAAUUACUAUAAACUUGUGCUUGGCUCCACAAUACAUGACUUCUCUCAUAACUCAUGCCCACUACAAGGCUACAAUAUCAAAUGCCCUUGUGCAUCACCCUUUGAAGAGAACCAACUUUCAGCAUGUUAACACCAAUACUAGAAAAAUAUGGUCUACUAUGCAACAAAUAUUGGCAUACUCCUGCGCUCUUUGUAACAUCUCGUCCAACCCCCACUACAGAUUCCAAAUGCCAUUCUUCUCUACAUCAACAUAUUAUUUCCUCAUAGCGUUACGUAGUUCGGGGUUUCUCAAAGCUUAUUCGCCUAGAAGCAUAAGUACUCAUGACUACGUCCUCGCUUCUGGGUUGAGGCUUUUCUUAUUUCACCAGCUUGUCUUUACUAUCAUACUUCUCCUCUAUUUCCAUCGUACCAACUCUACGAGUUUCACAUCGUGUGUCACCUUGUUCCCACACCUCCCCCUCUUUCCCUCUUUCCUCCAUGUCUCCUCCUGCGCUAUCCAGCCAUCAUACAGCGGUAGGGACCCCUAUGAAGCAGUCCGACAGCUGAUGUUCUUGCUACUCUUCGUACGGAAUGCUUUGACGUCCCCACUGCGAUGUCAAAUCAGUUUACAUAGAUUGCACUUGAAGUGA